AUGACUAUAAAAGAGCAUGAAAUACCAAUAAUAUACCAAGUACAUAACAAGUACGAGGUACUCCAAAAGGAAGUGAAGAGACUGAGGAGGACUGUGAGGAGGAGUAUGAUGGAAAGACCAACUCUAAUCAAGAAACUAGAACAAUUGUUAGAAAAAGAAAUAGAAGAAUUGGACGGCGAAACUGCCAAGUUAGCUGAACAAGUCCAGGCACUGAGAUUUCUGAGGGUGACCAGUGACAGAGAAGAGGCCAUGAAGAUGCUGGAGGCUGCAGAUUCAAGGGCUUCUACCAUCAGAGCUCAGGCUACAACCAUUACCCAACAUCAGGAGAGUUUUCAGAUGACCAUCUGCGCCUUCAAAGAACUUAAAGAAGUGGAAGAAGAGAUCACCCUUAAAAUGCUACUCUGGAAAAGUCUUUCGCAAUGGGAAGCUCUUACAGAAGACUGGUAUCAGAAAGAAGUCAAGAACCUUGACGUCGUGGAAGUAAGAAAAAUAACCUUCGAAUACCGAGGCAAGGUCGACUACCUCUUGAAGACAGCGCAGCAGCAGCAGCAGCAACAAUCUGACGUUCUCCUCCACCUGAAAUCCCUCGUCAAUUCCCUGGAGGAAAAGCUACCUGUGCUGGAAGCUCUGACGGAUUCUGCGCUCCGGCCUCGCCACUGGCAAGAAAUCGACACGGCUUUGGGUCAGCCCCUACCAUCACCCUUGACCUUAGCCCAAGUGGAUGAGAUGAAUCUCCACACUCACGCUCACACCCUCCAGCAAGUAGCGCACACUGCACAGCUGCAAAGGGAGAUGGAAAACCGCCUCAAACAGGUUGUUCAAGAUUGGGAGGCCUCUACAAUUCCUGUUGUGGACUAUGUCAGGAAGGAUACGUUCCAACUGGGAGAUUUAGGGGCAUUGGAGUCGCUGCUCUUAAGCACAGAUAUCACCCUUCACCUCCUCCUCCAUUCCCAACAUGCUCUUCAUAUCAAACAGGAGACAGUCAAGUGGAAAAAUAUUCACACCAUUAUCAAAGGAACUCUGACAGCGAUGAAGGAGUUUGAAGAAGAGUGGAAGGCUCUUGACCCCGUUCUCAGCACAGUUACUGCACAUGAGGUCUUUCCCCUGCAGGCAACUAUGUUCGCUGCCUCAACUGCCUUCUGGACUAAAGUCAUGACAAGAGUGGCAGACGACUCACUGGUGUUAUCACAGCUAAGAAAUGGAAUGCUACUCGAAGAGGUCCUACAAGAGAAAACUCAUCUGACUGGGCUUCGAGUAUGUCUUGCUCCUCUUCUCUCCAUGCGAAGACAAACUUGCCCAAGACUUUUCUUGUUGCCAGACACUGAUUUACUGGAGCUUCUCACAAAGGGUCAGGAAGCUAACAUCUGUAAUAAAUACCUGUCAAGGCUUUUCACUGGGAUAGGACGACUAAUCCGAGGUCAAGAUGGACAGAUAGUGGCUCUCGUAUCUCCCCAACAAGAAAAACUUAAGUUAGCAAAGUCUGUUGUUGCACAUCAUGGUGUUGAGGACUGGAUAGGCCGCGUUGAGAGUGGAAUGAGGGCAACUCUGAAACGACUUAUAAUUAAACAUGCAAAAGAACAUCUCCCUAUGGAUAAUCUUCAUAUACCAUUACAGGUGCUGGACAUCUGUCGAAGAAUCCAGUGGAGUACACAAAUUAUUGAUAUCUUGGAUAAUGCCUACGAUGCAAAGGUUAAACCAAAUUUGCACAGUGUAUUAACCAAAAUAGAAGAUGACCUGAAUAUACUACAAGAACUCAUCAACAUGAAAGUCAGCGUUCAGCAUGAAUCUCGACUCACGUAUUUGAUUAUAACGAUCCUGUCCCUCCGGGAAGCCACAAAAAUUAUCAUUGCAGACAAGCCAGAUAAUAGAUGGUCAUAUGCUUGGCUUCAACAUUUGAGUCAUCUUAUAAAUGGAGAAGGGCGGAGGGCAAAGGUUCAAGUUUCAAUUAGCGUAGAAAACCUGGACUAUUGCUACGAGUAUAUGGGGGUUUCUGAAGCCUCUAUUCAAACUCCAAGUACAAUGAGAGCUCAUCACGCCCUUAUCACCGCUGCUCUGAACCAUAAAAUUACUGACUAG